UUUCUCUGCCCAGGCAGUCCUACCGCGCACCGAGAGUUUCACCACGGGCCGGGCGCGCCUCUGAUCGACCGCUCCUGUUGCCGGAAGGGGGCGGGGCCAAGGGUCCCCCAACCGGGCCCCGAUCCUCGCACCGUCUCCCCCCUCCCUUCGGAACUUCCUCCUUCCUGUGAUGGGGGACGACCUGGACCCGAUCCCGUCCUCCUACUCCUCUCCGACCAUGGAAGAUCUGCUACCACUGAUCCUUCAUCAAAACUGGGGUCUUCAGGAACCGGCCCCCAGCAAUGCCCCUUUUGUGGAGAUCAUUGAACAACCCAAGCAGCGGGGCAUGCGUUUCCGUUACCAGUGCGAAGGACGUUUGGCUGGCUCCAUUCCUGGAGAACGCAGCACGGACACCACAAAGACUCAUCCUACCAUCAAGAUCCAUAAUUAUGUGGGUCCAGGCAAGGUCCGCAUCUCCCUGGUGACCAAGGAAUCCCCCCACCGGCCCCACCCCCAUGACCUGGUGGGAAAAGACUGCAAAGACGGCUUCUAUGAGGCAGAGCUGGCAGCAGAGCGCUCCAUCCACAGCUUCCAAAACCUGGGGAUUCAGUGCGUGCGGAAACGGGACCUGGACAAAGCUGUGGCCAAACGGAUUGAAACCAGUAACAACCCUUUCAAUGUGCCUCUGGAAGAACUGAAAGGUGACUACGACCUGAAUGCUGUUCGGCUGUGUUUCCAGGUGUGGAUUCGAGAUGCAGCCAGCGGUCACUUGGUCCAGUUGCCCUUGUCUGUGUCGCAGCCAAUCUAUGAUAAUCGUGCCCCCAACACAGCUGAGCUAAAGAUCUGCCGUGUGAACCGUAAUUCAGGGAGCUGCCUGGGGGGAGACGAGAUUUUUCUUCUCUGCGACAAAGUGCAGAAAGAGGACAUUGAAGUCCGCUUUUUCAAGGGCUCCUGGGAAGCAAAGGGCUCCUUCUCUCAAGCUGACGUGCACCGCCAAGUAGCCAUCGUCUUCAAGACUCCCCCUUACAUGGACCAUUCUCUCCGUGAACCCGUGACCGUUCAGAUGCAGCUGCGCCGCCCGUCGGACAAGGAAGUCAGUGGCCCCAUGGAGUUCCGCUACCUCCCUGAUGAAGGUGAUUUCCAUCGCAUUGAGGAGAAACGCAAACGAACGCUGGGGACCUUCAAGAACUUUGUGCAGAAGGCACCCUUUCCAGUCACCCUUCCGGAUUCCCGCCUCCCACGCCGCAUCGCUGUUCCGAAGCAUGGUUCGGCCCGGCCCAGCACUGGAGGUGUUCCAGGGCUCUUGGGGGCUACAGGGCAACUCCCAGCACCCAUUGCAAAACCACAGAUCAUGACCCAGCCUUCCCCGAGCUUCUCCUUCCCUGGGCCCAGUCACACCCCUCCUCUGGCGACAGCCAUGCAGCCUCUCUUCAGCACAGUAAACCUGGAAGAUCUGUCAGGCCUGAGUGUGCCCCAGAGGGUCCAGCCCUACGAGUCAGAGGCGACGACCAGCAUUGCAGAUGCAAUCCUGCACCUUCACUUCGAGGGAGGGGACGGGGGAGCCAUGGAGCUCGGCGGCAUCUUAGAUGACGCCCCCUACACCAGCCUGGAUGGGAUCAACACGGAGGAUUUCCAUCAGCUCCUCACGGAGGGGAAUAUCCCUGCGUCUCUCCCAGACAACCAGGGCACUCUGCUCACCUAUCCCGAGUCCAUUACACGCCUGGUGAGCCAGCAGCGGGCAGAAGAGGAGGCUGGUGAUGGCGGUGGAGGUGGCAGCUCCCCCAGCAGCCUUGUCAAUGGCAUUUUGGGGACCCUUCCAGGCGAGAACAGCUUUUCUUCCAUGGUGGACCUGGACUUGAACUCUAUCCUGAACCAGCUGAAUUAAUAAUACGUGUCUCCCUGGACUUGGGCUCAAAUGCCAACUAUCUUCUGCCUGUGCCUGAAUGUGCAUUUUGUACUUACAUCUGGUGGCUUUUUCUAGCCAGACUUCUGGAUGAGGCCACCUUCAACUUGGUUAGCGAUCUGUCUUUUUGGAACUAGGACAGGUUCUACUUAAUCUAACCUAGCCUACACCAUUUUGGGGGAGCAGAUGGCCUGGAUUUGGUAGGGGCAGAUUCGGUUCCAGAUGUUGGGAAUGGUAUGGCUGGUUGCUUGGGGUAGUUGGCUGUUGUUACCCCCACUCAGCUCACAUCAAUUCCAGAUGUGUGUGUUAAUAUUUUUUUGCAGGGGGAGGGAAAAGGGGAUUGCACCCUAUCCCGCUUCAUGCUCAGAUGGGUAUUUUUAUAUCAGCUGGCUAGUGUUACUAAUUCCUUACCUUUUGAUAGAUUUCAGGUCACAACAAGCAGCUUCUCAGUAAAUGCAACUGUUAGUAUCUAUCACAUGGUUCUUUCUCUGAACAGGAGGAGAAAGAAUGUAUCUGUGAUGAGACAGUUACGUGGAAGACCUAAUUCUUACCUGCCUUAUUUGAAAAUGAUUUGCUAAACAAUUUUUUUUUAAGCCGGAAUGCCUUAAAAAUAUUGUACCAGCUUUUUGGAGAAUGGGAGAUUAC